UGAUACUCUCAUACACAUUUUUACAAAGAUAAAAAUAAAAUAAAAAAUGGACACGAACAUUGACUCUCCGGCACCGGAAUCUUCGUCGCCGGUAUAUCACCCAUCAGUGGCACCACUCUCUUAUCUUCUCGGAACAUGGAGAGGACAAGGAGAAGGAGGCUACCCCACCAUCAAUUCCUUCUCCUAUGGUGAAGAACUUCACUUCUAUCAUCCACCUAACAAGCCUGUGAUAGGGUACAGUCAGAAGACAUGGAAACUCAGUUCUGGAGAGCCUAUGCAUUCUGAGAGUGGAUACUGGCGUCCUAAACCUAAUGGAACCAUUGAAGUUGUCAUUGCUCAAAGCAAUGGCCUUGUUGAAGUUCAGAAAGGGACAUAUAGCAUAGAAGAGAAAGUGAUACAGCUUCAGAGCGAACUUGUGGGGAAUGCUUCCAAGGUUACAGGGAUUCAAAGAUGUUUUCGACUAGUUGAAGGGAAUCUUUGUUAUGAGGUUGAGAUGGCUACCAAUACAGUUACUCUUCAGCCACACUUGAAAGCAACAUUGAAGAAACUCUAAAGCAAAUGGUGUACAUGGCUUGAAUUGAAAUUUCUUAGGCUGAAUCUUCUGAGUAAAAUUUCCUAGUUUGAAUAUACUAUAUGAGUAAAAUUUCAUAUUAUGAUCAAGUGAAAUGUGUUUAUAUAUUGCUUACUAUCAUUACAUUGUAACACAUAUUGAUCUUGCCUCUUGUAUUCUGUUUCUCUUUUAAAACUUACUUUGGUUACUUCAAAUGCUGAUAGAAGCUUGUGUCCAACCACUUGUGAUU